CACCCCAAGACACACUCAUGGAAGACUCAGACUGUGACCAGGAAACCUGGCACGUCCGGUUCAGAACAUUUAGCAGCUCAGAGGAGUCCGACCCAUUCGAGGAUCUGAGGAGAUUCCGUGAACUCUGCCAUCUGUGGCUGAGGCCUGAUCUUCACACCAAGGAGCAGAUGAUGGACAGGCUGGUGCUGGAGCAGUUCAUGAUCUGCGUGCCCCUGGAGUGCCAGGUCCUGCUCAAAGAAAGUGAAGUGCAGAGUUGCAAAGCCCUGGAGGACGUGCUGAGAAAUAAGCAGAAACCCAAGAACUGGGUGAGUAGGACCUUAGUGAUGGGUGUGGGAGGAGGAGACACGUGCAAGCUGCAGGAAUCACAAGAUAGGACCUGUGGGUUUGGAUUUGUAUCAGUGAUUCCCAAACAGGUGAGAGAAGUUCACAGUUGGGCAAUUUGGGAGAUUCUUUGGUUGUCUCAACUCGAAGGCUGUCGAUCUUUUACACCAAAUGGGAGCUUCUAUCGUCAAUGCCAUUGGAUGCCUGAGAGUUACAUUCCAGGUCUUAUAGAGACUAAUCUUGAUUGA